CCAGUCGUUCGCCGUCCAAUUGGAGCCGCCGUCGCCUUCCCCAGCCUCGCCGCCAUCAUCGCCGACUGGUGCAGCGCCGCCGUGAGCCAGCCGCCGGUCGUCGCCGUCCAAUUGCAGCAGCCAGCGCCGGUCGUCCUCUACCGUUCGACCACGCCGGCGUCGCGCAAGCCAGAGCCUCGCCGGAAGCCAGUCGCUGCCCAUCCUUCGCCGGAAGUCCGUCGCCUCCACUGCCAGCGCCGGCCGCUCAUCGCCGCCGUCGAUUGCAGCGCCGCCGCUGCUUCCUUCGCCAGUAGCCGCCGCUCAGCGUCGCCGAGCCUCCAGCCGCCGUCGCCGAGCUUCCAGCCGCUGCUUCGCCUUCGCCGGAAUCGAGCUUCCAGCCGCCGUCGCCCUUUGCACAGCGGCCACCCGCCGCCGUCGAGUGCAGCGCCGCCGUCGAGUGCAGCGCCGCCAGUCGCUGCUCAUCGCCGUCGAGCUGCCGCUACGCCACUGUUGCCGGCGUCCGUCACCGUCGCCGCAUCCGGCCGCUGCCCCGAAUUGAUAUCGCCGGCAGAUUAACCUCCACGCCGGAUUGAUUGGUCGAUUUCGUAUUUUGACUCGAUUUGACCCGUUCGGUUGAUUUCGUUGAUUUGUCUUCCGUUCGAGCUAUCGAUUCGAUUUCGGCGUAAUCCAGGUCCGUACUAUGAAGUUAAUAGCAUUCAGAAUAGAUUUAAUGGUUUGGAUCGUUAUAUGUGUU